AUGAAGCGAGAGGAGAUCGGCAAAGCAAUGCGCAGCUGCUACCCCGAGUUCGUGAUGAAGAAGAAGCACAUAGCUGGCGUUGCAAUGGUGGAAGAAUCCAUCGUAGGAGAGCGCGUUUCUGAGAUCUCCGACCUCGUCGACGACUUCAACGAUGUUGAACAAUUUCUUGCUGAGUAUCAGCAAGACGAGGCUCUUGAAGAAGAAGUCUAUGAAGAGGCCGAGGUCGCAGAAGCAUUGGCGAUCAGCUGGAAAGAUCGACGGCAAGAGCUGUCGAGGUUGCAGAAAGCUCGCAACUUUUCUUCGAAUGCCGCCAAGUCCAAUGAGCUCAGAAGAAGUUUUCGUGUAGAAGUUGAAGAGUUGAAGAAAAAGACACGCUGCCAUCGCUGUGGACAAUUGGGACACUGGUCCAAGGAAUGUCGAAAAGGAAAGGGCAAAGGCAAGCAGUCCUCUUCCUCGAAGGGCUCCUCAGAGACUGGUGCAGCCCUGGUACAACCCGUCCAAGAAGAUGAUGAGCAGUUUGUUGCUAUGGCACAGCAUUUUGCAAGUUGGUCGCCGCUUGACAUCCUGCGUUCCACGAAGCGAGCAACAGAUUCCUCGAUUCCUGAUUGGACCGUGCACGAAACUCUGCUGGUUUCAAGCCCUGGUUUCGGGGUGAUCGAUUCAGGAUGCGGCCGCACUAUUGUCGGCCGUGAGACACUUGCCAAGUUCAAGCAAAUGUGGCAGCAACACGGCAUGUCAUGCCCUGAGCCUGAGCCUGAGAUCAACUACUUCAGGUAUGGCAAUGGUGAAAAAGAGGCCUCCACUGAGGUGCUGGCCAUGCCAGUUCGAAUCGCUGGCAAGUCUGGAUCCAUCCGUGCAGCCAUCGUGCAAGGACAAGCCCCAUUGCUGAUCUCGCGCGCAGCUCUUCAGAAACUCAAGGCAACACUGGCCUUCGGACAAGGCACCAUGACCAUAUUUGACGAUGCAGUGCAGGUGCCUCUCCACACCAAUUCCGCUGGACAGUUCAUGAUUCGAGUCUUGCCCGAGGAAACCAAGGGCAAGGAAGUGCAGUUCUCGGAAGUUAUGGCCUCUCAGGAAGCCAACAGUUGCUGUGAUCAUGAGCCUACAAUCGCACCUUCCAUGCCAGAGACCGCCUUAGAUCUUGAAGAACAGGCCCGAGACUCCGCUGACACAGGACAUCCAGGGUCGUCUGUUUGGUCUCGUGUGGAUGAAGGUUUGACCUUAACGCCAGUGACGGGCAAACAGGAACACGUCAACACGAUCGAGAGCCUGCCAGUUCAAGUGUGCCGACAGUUGACGGCACAAAUCAAGCAGGCACCAAGUCGAGUCGGCUCCUUUGUGCAGGGGAAGCGUUUCAUGUUGGCUGAGAUUUUCAGCCCUCCUCGUUUCGCUCCGUCCAUCGAAGCAGUAGGGGAGGAUGAAGAAGCCAUCAAACGAGCCCUGCAUCGACUGCACAAGAAUCUCGGCCACUGUAGCACUAAAGAUCUGGUUCGCAUCCUCCGACAUGGAUCUGCGUCCGACAAAGCCAUUGAGAUGGCCAAGACGUUGGAAUGCACCGCCGGUCUUGACGAUUCCGCCAAGUCUCAAGCCAUUCGUACAAGCGCCAGACAGGCUGUUGUUGCCAUGCAAGAUGACAAAGCCUUGAGACAGGCCUUGGCUGCUCGACCUCGUGCCAUGCUGUCGUAUCAACCAGGCGAUCUCGUGUGCUAUUGGCGACAACAGAAAGUGAUGGGUCAAGGUGUGGUUCAACAAGGUGGACGUUGGUAUGGUACUGCAAUUGUGAUAGGAGGUGGCAUUCGAUGGCUUCCCACGAAGUGGAUGUUGGCAGAUGGCUUGACCAAAGACAGCCAAGAGCCAAUUGACUUGCUUCGAUCCUGUGUCCGUCAAGGGACAUAUCAGAUUUCUCCAGAGGACACGGUUCUCAGACAACAAGCUGAAGAACGCGAACGAAGGAAAAGCUUGAAAGCCGACGUCAUGGAUAAUUCAGUGCAACUAUAG